UCACCUCUUCAGACAGUAGGAAAAAUUACAACAAAAAGAUUUUUCCAUCCUGGUCAACUGUCAAUUUUCUCUCCCUAAACAGAGCAGAGAAAAAUACAGAGGAUAUGUCAGGGAUGAAAGUGAGGGUAACGGAGAUGAGAUCGGAGACGUUAACUCUGAUAUUGGUGAAUCUGGCGGCAAUUAUGGAGCGGGCCGACGAGUCUCUGCUACCGGGAGUGUACAAGGAGAUUGGAACGGCCCUUCACACCGACCCAACGGGCCUGGGCUCACUCACCCUUUUCAGAUCCAUAGUACAGUCCUCGUGUUACCCACUCGCCGCUUACUUGUCUGUGCGUCACAACCGUGCCCACGUCAUCGCCCUCGGCGCUUUCCUCUGGGCCGCCGCCACGUUCCUCGUGGCCGUCUCCUCCACUUUUUUAGAGGUUGCAGUUUCAAGAGGUCUGAAUGGAAUAGGACUUGCCAUUGUCACACCAGCUAUUCUGUCCCUUGUUGCUGACUCAACUGAUGAUAGCAACCGCGGUAUGGCUUUCGGAUGGCUACAAUUGACGGGGAACCUGGGCUCAAUUAUAGGUGGGCUAUGUUCAGUUCUAAUAGCUUCAACAUCAUUCAUGGGUAUCCCUGGUUGGAGAAUUGCCUUCCAUCUCGUUGGACUUAUUAGUGUUAUAGUUGGCAUUUUGGUCUAUCUCUUUGCCAAUGAUCCUCGCUUUUCUGAUAGCAAUGGUACAGCUAUAGCUGAAAAUCCACAGAAACCCUUUUGGUCAGAAAUGAAGGACCUGAUUAAAGAAGCAAAAUCAGUUAUUAAAAUUCUAUCUUUUCAAAUAAUUGUGGCUCAAGGUGUCUCUGGAUCAUUCCCCUGGUCAUCUUUGUCAUUUGCCCCCAUGUGGUUGGAGCUUAUUGGCUUCUCCCACAAAACAACAGCAUUCCUCUGGACCCUCUUUGUUAUUGCUGCUUCACUUGGGGGUCUGUUUGGAGGAAAGAUGGGGGAUAUUCUUUCCAAGCGCUUACCAAACUCUGGGCGAAUAAUGCUCUCACAAAUAAGCUCUGGUUCAGCCAUCCCUUUAGCAGCAAUAUUGUUGCUCGUGUUACCUGAUGAUCCGUCCACAGCAUUCAUGCAUGGUUUGGUCCUGUUCGUCAUGGGAUUAAUCAUAUCUUGGAAUGGUCCAGCCACAAACAAUCCAAUAUUUGCAGAGAUAGUUCCUGAGAGAUCUCGAACGAGCAUCUACGCUUUGGAUCGGUCUUUUGAGUCCAUAUUAUCAUCAUUUGCUCCCCCUGUGGUUGGAAUUCUGUCACAGCAUGUUUAUGGUUAUAAACCAAUUCCAAAAGGAUCAACAAAUUCAGAAGAAAUUGAAACGGAUAGAGAGAAUGCUGCAGCACUUGCUAAGGCACUUUACACAGCUAUAGGCAUUCCAAUGGCAAUCUGUUGCCUCAUCUACUCCUUCCUCUACUGUACAUAUCCGAGAGACAGGGACCGAGCAAGAAUGGAUGCUAUGAUAGAGUCAGAGAUGCAACAGAUGGGGUCGGAUAAUCUUCCUUUUGGAGAAGAAUACUCUCAACUUGUUCGUGUCCCUGAAUCAGAUGAGCUACAUGGAAACGAAAAAAGCGUGAUUGAAAUAGAUUAUGAAGGAGAGGAAAGCCUUGAUCUUGAUGAGAAUGAUGAGAAGAGACUACUUUCCCAUCAGUUGACAUUCUCAGAUUUUGGCAAGUAACAAACUCAAUCAAUAGAAGCGCAUUGCACAAAACAGAGUCCUCGUUACCAACUCAAAUGACAUAUAACCUUUACCAACGUGUUCUUUCAAACUUGUUAUGUACUCAAAGAGCACUUUUUGAUUUUAUAUUCAACCGUUUGUAUGUUGUUACCUUAAAUUUUUUUCUCUUUCUGAGAGAUAAGCAGGUAAAGAAAUUGAUUCAUUUUUUUUUAGGUGGCUGAGUUUUCACUAUUUGAUUUUACAACCUCUUGUACCAUGGUCCCAUGCCUUGUGUUUAUCUUUCAAUAAUAAUAAUAAUGAAUGAAUAAACUUGUCAUCAACGCAUGAUGGCAUACUUGUGAA